CCAAGUUGGGGACGUCCGUGGGGCUGGUUAUCUGUGCCGCCCGCCACCCGUGUCUCGGAGACCCGCGCCCUCUGCCCCGCGCCUUCCCGCGCUUGAGCAUGCUUACGGCACCCAAGGCUGGCAUACCGAGUGCUCGCCGGAUGUUAUUGUUAUUGACUGCAAAUGCCUCCGUAGUUUUGCUCAUUGGAAUGUGGUUUGACAGAUUAAUUAUAUGUUAUCAGGCAGUUGAAGAUCAGUUAAAGAUAUGUGGCCACAAGAGGGAUGCUGAUGUCUUUGAGCUGUUCCUUUCUAAAAAGGAAUUGACAGAGGUCAUUGAUCUUUCUAGGUUUAAAAACUUAAAAUACUUAUGGCUUCAUCAUAACAAGCUCCACGGAAUAACAUUUCUAACCAGAAACUAUUGUCUGGCAGAACUAUAUCUAAACAACAAUGCAAUAUUUGACCUAGAAGGCCUGCGUUGUCUGCCUUCAUUGCAUAUACUCAUGCUACACCACAACGAGUUAACAAACAUUGAUGCAACAGUGAAGGAAUUAAAGGGAAUGCUAAAUCUGAAGACCCUAACUCUAUACCAAAACCCUUUGUGUCAGUAUAACCUGUACCGUUUAUAUGUAAUCUACCACCUUCCAGGAGUGGAGCUGCUUGACCGAAAUCAAGUUACAGAAAAAGAAAGAAGAUCAAUGAUUACCAUUUUUAACCAUAAAAAGGCUCAUAUCAUUCAAUCAAUAGCAUUCAGAGGAAAAGUAGAUGCCUCAUGGAAUCCUAGAUCACCAUUUAAGAAAAAACCAGCCCAGAAAGUACCUUCAGAUUUUGCAUUUGCAAAUAAUGUAGACAAAAUUGUGUUUGCUAAUCCAGAAGAUGCUGUUUUUGUAAGGUCGAUGAAGAGAUCAGUGAUGACUAUGACCUCUCUGAACUGGGAUACGGUUCCAACACGAGAGGAAAAGUACCUCGAAGAGAAACGCACUGAACCUGCUCAAAUGCUCAGAGUGACACUGAGAUGACCCUUGGUAUUUCUAGAAAUCCUAAUGGUUUUCAGUUGCAUAUUAAAAUUCCCUGUGGCUUAGCAUAUUAUAUAUUUAUCAUGAUCUUGUUAGAAACAUUUAAAUGGAAACAGAAACACCAAUAAUGGAAAAUAAUUUUUAUAUUUUAGGCUCUUUAAUGUAAAGUUGUUGUUGAAGUAAAACAUAUAUAUAGAAAUGUACAGAAAUCAUGAGUGUUUAGCUCAACAAAUUUUCGAAAAAUGAACAUGUUCACAUAAUCAGCAUCCUAGAUCAAGAAAUAGAACAUUACCAGGACUCUAAAAGCCUCUUCGUUCCUGUUACCAGUCACUGCCCACCCUUCCAAAGUAAUCAUUGUCCUGAUUUCUAGACCAUAAAUUGUGCCUGAUUUUGAAAGGCAUGUAAAUGAAUUCAUAGAAGAUGAAUAUUUUGUGUCUAGCUUCUUUCACUCGACAUUGUAAGAUUUGUUCACGUCGCUAGUAGCAAUAAUUCUGUCAUUCUCACUGCUGUAUAGUAUUCCAUUGUAUGACUAUAACACAAUU